AUGGGAACUCGGUUCCAAUCCUUCUUGCUCGUGUUCUUGCUUUCAUGUUUCAUCCUUCUAUCGACAAUUUCGUGUGACCACAACGGUGAUGGAAUAGUUAGAAUCGGAUUGAAGAAAAGGAAACUAGACCGAGCCAACAGGCUAGCUUCUCAGCUUGUUUCGAAAAGCCAAGGACAUUCACAUUGGUCUCCUAAAGGUUAUUUCCGCCUGGCCGAUGCAAAUGCGGAUAAUGUUCCGCUGAAAAACUAUCUGGAUGCUCAAUACUAUGGUGACAUUACCAUUGGUACUCCACCUCAGAAGUUUAGUGCCAUCUUUGAUACCGGAAGCUCCAAUCUCUGGAUGCCUUCUAGUAAAUGCUACUUAUCGGUUGCUUGUUAUUUUCACUCAAAGUAUAAGGCUAGCCAGUCAUCCACAUACAGAAAGAACGGAAAACCUGCGUCGAUCCGGUAUGGGACAGGAGCUAUUUCUGGUUACUUUAGCAAUGAUGAUGUUAAAGUUGGUGAUCUUGUUAUCCAGGAUCAGGAGUUCAUAGAGGCUACUAAUGAGCCUGGUAUUACAUUCUUGGUGGCAAAGUUUGAUGGUAUCCUCGGUUUAGGAUUCAAAGAGAUUGCUGUAGGAAAUUCAACUCCGGUUUGGUACAACAUGGUAGAGAAAGGUCUGGUUAAGGAACCGGUCUUUUCGUUCUGGCUUAACCGUAACGCGAAAGAUCAAGAAGGUGGUGAGAUUGUCUUUGGAGGAGUCGACCCUAAGCACUUCCAAGGAGAGCAUACUUUUGUUCCAGUGACACAUAAAGGUUACUGGCAAUUCGACAUGGGUGAUCUCAACAUUGCUGGAAAACCAACCGGAUAUUGUGCUAAAGGUUGUUCUGCCAUUGCUGAUUCCGGAACUUCUCUGCUCACCGGUCCAUCGACUGUUAUCACAAUGAUCAACCAUGCCAUUGGAGCAACAGGACUCGCAAGCCAUGAGUGCAAAACCGUUGUUGGUCAAUACGGAAAAACCAUGUUGAACUCUCUUCUAUCUCAGGCGGAUCCAAGGAAGGUAUGCUCACAGAUCGGACUCUGCGAUUUUGAUGGUUCACACAGUGUGAGUAUGGGGAUUAAGUCAAUGAUAGAAGAUGGAACAUCAGAACUUCUAAACGAAGCGAUGUGCAGCACCUGUGAAAUGGCAGCUGUGUGGAUGCAGAGUGAACUGACUCAGAACCAAACACAAGAUCGCAUACUCGCUUAUGCUGCUGAGCUUUGUGACCAUAUACCAACCCAAAACCAACAAUCAGCAGUGGACUGUGAGAGGAUUUCGUCUAUGCCUAUAGUCACAUUCAAUAUUGGUGGCAAAGCCUUUGAUCUCUCCCCUCAACAAUAUAUAUUCAAGAUUGGGGAAGGGCCUGAGGCUCAGUGCACCAGCGGUUUCACCGCCAUGGAUAUCCCUCCACCUCGUGGACCUCUCUGGAUCUUGGGGGAUAUGUUCAUGGGACCAUACCAUACUGUGUUCGAUUAUGGGAAAGGCAGAGUUGGAUUCGCUAAAGCUGCUUAA